AAAAUAUAACAUCGCUAUAAGUAAAUCUGUGACAUUACUAGCAGCUCUCGCCAGAGUUUUGCUUCUAGAAACACAAGAUGGCGCUAUUUUACAGCACAAGAAUGAACAAGACCCGGAAGACUUCCUUUUAGUUUUGCAUCGUGUGUUAUUAUCUUGAGCAAAACUAAUGUUUCUUUAGUCUUCGGUGAUUUAAUUUGAUCAGGUCAGGACAUUCGACAAGACUGCAUUUUCGUCCAGUUUUCUCACCGUGAAUCAUAUCUCACGUUAUGAUUUUUUGUUCGAUUACCCGAAUAAUCGAUACUCAUUUUCACAAGUGCUUCUCAUCACGCGGGUCGCGGGCGUGCCGGAGCCUUUCCCAGCAAUCUUCGGGCGAGAGACGUGACGUCAUCGCGCUCGUUUCGGCUUCACGCUCCGAAAACAUUUUAACACCAAUGACGAACUCGACAAACAUUAGCCGGCUUACAUGCAGACUUUUUUUUGUUAUUCUGAUUGAAGCUCACCUGCUCACAUGCGACGUGAUCAAUUCCGAUCUGGCGUUUGAUGUGCACGACAUUUAUAAUCGUUUUACAGAUCGAUGCGAACGUCACGCGAUUUGUCAAGAUGGAGGUCGGUCGUCUAUUUAGCGCAGUCGUCGCGAUUGUUUUGCCACUUUUAUGAAUGCGACAGCUUAAAAAAAAACAAGUUCCAAGUGGUUUGUUCCAAAAAAACAACGAGGUUUAUUAUGGUUAGGAUUCGCGCCGAGGCAGUUGAAGAUGUGUUAAGGUUCGGAUUACGGUGGUUAAGGCCGCUGCCGAACCCGACCGAAGCACGACGCGGCGUGCGUGGUUUGGCAACCGUUUCCUUGAGCGGCGUCUUCACGCCGCAGCUUCCAUCCAAUCAAAAUGCACACAAGCUUUCCCGUACGGUGAAAAUUCAUUUCCGGGAUCUCCGCCAUAUAAACUGCUUUAACCCCAACGCUUGUCCGAAACCUAACCAUAAUAAACUUCUUUGUUGUUGUUGUUUUUUUUUUUUUAUCUUGCACAAAUGCGAUACAUAUUUUUUUCAUGACUGAAAGUCAGAAGUUGACAUUUAUUUCUUGACUAUUCGCUGCCAUUGGCGUGAAUGCGUGGGACUUGGCUCCAAGGUUUUGGACUCGAGCUCCUUCCUUGGCAGGAAUUUUGGCUCCUGACAGGAGUGGUUGCACUGCGCCGAGUUUGUAGACCACCUUGCUCGCACGCGCUCGCGCUCGCGAGGACGAGAACGAGCGUCUGCGCGCGGCCGCACGCCCGCCAAGUGCUGCUACGUUCAUGAUCUGCGGGAGCGGGAAGGCGCGGAGAGGUAAGACCCGACGCCGAUCACGCCGACACCAAAAGACGUCGGCAGCGAAAUCCGGAACAUUCUUCUGUGAUGCUGUGGCUGAUGGCGGCGUUGCUGGCCCUGGCGGAGGACGUGUUGUCCGAGGAGGACGGCCCGGAGAACCGGCUGGAGCCUCCCGCACCGGACACCGGACACCGCACCGCCCCCUUGUGGCCAGAAGCCUACGAAACACGGACACCGCUACAGGACGCGGAGGCCGCGCGGAGCCGGUGGCGCCGCUCCCCUCGCGACGCGAAACCGCCGACCUCCCGGAGGAAGCCGAAGAGGACCAAGGGCGGCGGAGCGUCGUGCCGCGUGGAGAAACGCCGGACGCGCGUCCGCGAGCUGGGCCUGGGCUACGACUCGGACGAGAUAGUCCUGUUCAAGUACUGCGCGGGCUCGUGCCGCGCCGCCCGCAGGAACUACGACCUGGCGCUGGGCGCUCUGGUGGCGCGGGCGGGCGUCUCGGCGCACGAGGUCAGCGGCCGCCCGUGCUGCCGGCCCACCCGCUACGAGGGCGUGUCCUUCAUGGACACGCGCGCCACGUGGCAGACCGUGCGCUGGCUCUCGGCCGCCGACUGCGGCUGCGUGGGUUGACCCGUCGCUUCGACGGUGUCGUGAUGUCACUGCGAGGAGGCGGUGUCGGGACUCGCCGGGGCGAGCCGGGGAUCCGACCCGGAACCUUCGGGACGGGGCGGCCGGUGCCGAGGUGCCCUCGAGAGAGCCCGGUGUGGAACUUAACCCCGGAACUCGGGACUCGGGCCAAAAGAAGACCCUGCUAAGGGGGGAGUACUUUGGACUUUGGACAGGUCCAGGGACUUCUGCAGAUUGGCGCUAGUACCAGCUAAAAGUUUCUGGAACUGAUGAUAGCGAAGUGCUAAUUUGAGAUCUGGCUUUUCAGGGUUCUGUGUGAGACCAACAAACGGAUAACGCUAAAAUAAUAAUCACAAACAUCGGAACUUAAAAGGGGAAUUUGCAGUGUUAAAACUGCUAGCGAGAUUUGAAUGUGACCUCAUUUGACUGGCGCAAUCACUUCAAAAUCCAAAGAGUGGUGAAAAACACAGCUGUCGGGCAGACAUUUUGCGGAUGGGCGACGACAUCGUGCGACAUCCUGGUGAUGCGUUUCCGCCCUUUGAGUCGGAAUCCGCUUAACGUCCGACACGAAACUCGAGCGCUUCGUCUGCCGGGAAAAUGACAUACGAUAACGUGAGGGAUACUUUGAAGUUGCGUGUAACACGGCGAGGCUUUAAUGCGGCUUUUUUUGGUUUUCAAAUAUUUGAACUUGAAGGCCCGAGGUCACAGGUCAGCGCGAGGCCCCGGGGGGUGUGGCGGCUGCGAGUGCGCAAGAAUUGCUUGACGCCUCGUCAGUCGCGUCCUUUGUCUCUGAUUGGAUGCGAAAGAGUAUUGAUCGAUAGUAUCGAUUUAGAGUCCCAAGACUUUUGUCCACGUAGACCAGUGUUUCUCAACCGGGGGUCAGUGGACCCCGAGUGGUCCGUGGUGUAAUUGCAAGGGGUCCGUGAAAAUAAAGUAUCUUUUUCAAAAGAUCCUACGACAUUUAUAGUGAUCGGAUUAGUUUUACUCAAAUGUGAUUGAGAUCUUGCCCCCAUCUGCAAUUUUGAAGUUACUGCAUGAUACUGUUAUACAAAGUUAACAUGAUCUGAAUUCCCCGAGCGUUUUAGUGGGCAAACACCGUUCAUUUCUUAAUAAUGCUUUUGAUUGUGAAAAAUGUGCAGGGAAGUGUUUGAAAGUGUUCAAACUCAUUCAUUUGCUCGCAACGUCGAAACGCAAGAGAGGGGAGGCGGAGCAAAGUGUGCCUCACGACCAUAUCCGCGUCAUCGCACCAGUAUGGAUCCGAUGCCGAUACGGACGCGGUACGGAUACCGUCAACAUUUGGAUCGAUCCGCCCACCGCUCCCGCCAAGGGCGAGGCAAACGUCCACGCACACGCACGCUCACACGGGCUCGUGCGCGUAGGACGCCACAGUAGCCUUGUUUACACGACGACAUGGUGUUGUGGGAUGCCAGGACAAAUAUAGACGUGAGCCAAGCGCGCUUCGAAGUGACGGCUUUUCAACACGCCGUUUAAUUUUAGAUGCGCUGAGACGCGACACCAUUAAACGGGCGUCGUCUUCGCAAACGAAGCACGCCGCCGCCAUUCGCACAUCCCCAAAAACACGCUGGAAGAAUUACGUUUACAAGUAGGCCACAAUGCGCGUCGCGGUUAAGCCAAAAAGUCACAGUUUGCUUUGUGCCUUGGUUCUAAGGUUCACAUUUGGUAAAUAUUAAUAACAGCUUCGAGCUUCUCUUUUUAGGAAAAAUCAAUAGUUUGUCUUCACUUAGGAAACAAAAUCCAAACAAGUGCUACCAGUUUGAACAGUGUGAAUUAUGCUAUGAGAAUAUGACUGGCAUUCGUAUUACGCAUCUUUUCUUUUUAGGGAAGUGCAACAGAAUUAGUUUGUUUUGUUUUUAAAACAGAAGUAGUUUGUCUUGUUCACAAACAACAAUGAGCACGUAGCCCACGGAAAUCUUUUCUCUCCAACAUUCUACUUCCAGUAAAACGUAUUCGGUCCAAUCAGAAUCCGAAUCCGAAUCAUCUUUAUUUGCCAAGUAUGUCCAAAAAACACACAAGGAAUUUGUCUCCAGUAGUUGGAGGCGCUCGAGUACGACAACAGACAGUCAAUUGACAGAGAACACUUUUGUGAUAUAAAGACAUUGACAAAAAAAAAAACAAAAAAAACAGUCGCUGAGCAGUAAAGGGUUGCUAGUUGCUAAUAAUCUUGAUGCUAAGCUAGCCUUCACACUAAAGCGUGGAGAAAGCUGUUGUCGGAUGCAAUGCAUCACCUUGACUUACUGUACAAAUCAGGGGGUGUCAAACGUACGGCCCGUCAGGGGGUCCAAUCCGGCCCCUGCGGAUGGAGAACACAUUCACUGCACAUUUAUUUUUCAAUAAAAGUAACUUUUUUUUUUUUUGUAUAAGUCUUCCCAAGGUUUUCACACAGACUUUCAACUCCCCCCGAAAGAUUUUCGAUGGGGUUGAGAUCUGGAGACUGGCUCGGCCACUCCAGGACCUUGAAAUGCUUCUUACGAAGCCACUCCUCCGUUGCCCGGGCGCUGUGUUUGGGAUCAUUGUCACGCUGAAAUACCCAGCCACGUUUCAUCUUCAAUGUCCUUGCUGAUGGAAGGAGGUUUUCACUCAACAUCUCACGAUCCACGGCCCCAUUCAUUCUUUCCUUUACAAGGAUCAGUUGUCCUGGUCCCUUUGCAGAAAAACAGCCCAGAAGCAUGAUGUUUCACCCCCAUGCUUCACAGUAGGGAUGGUGUUCUUUGGAAAGCAACUCAGCAUUCUUUCUCCUCCAAACACAACAAGUUACUCUUUUACCAAAAUGUUCUAUUUUGGUUUCAUCUGACCAUAUGAAAUUCUCCCAAUCCUCUUCUGGAUCAUCCAAGUGCUCUCUAGCAAACUUCAGACGGGCCUGGACAUGUACUGGCUUAAGCAGGGGGACACUUGGGUUGGGGUUUCAAGCUAAAUUUUAGCACUGCAGGAUUUUGAGUCCCCGGCGGCGUAGUGUGUUACUGAUGGUAACUACUUUGUUACUUUGGGUCCUCCCGUGUGGUCCUGGGAUUUUUGCUCACGGUGUGAGAUCUUGCGUGGAGCCCCAGAUCGAGGGAGAUUAUCAGCGGUCUUGCAUGUCUUCCAUUUUCUAAUAAUUGCUUCCACAGUUGAUUUCUUCACACCAAGCUGCUUGCCUAUUGCAGAUUCAGUCUUCUCAGCCUGGUGCAGGUCUACAAUUUCGUUUCUGGUGUCCUUUGACAGCUCUUUGGUCUUGGCCAUAGUGGAGUUUGGAGUUUGACUGUUUUGAGUUUGUGGACGGGUGUCUUUUAUACUGAUAAUGAGUUCAAACAGGUGCCAUUAAUAACGAGUGGAGGACAGAGGAGGCUCUUAAAGAAGAAGUUACAGGUCUGUGAGAGCAUGCAAAAUCCUCUCGGAGCCUCCGCAUCCUGGUCUUCCAGCUCCUUCCCUCAGGUAGGCGCCAUCCAACAAUGCAAAGUCAAAUACAUUAAAAUAAAUCUAUUUCUGAUGCCAUGUUUUCAAGAAAAUUAUUUCAAAGUGGCAUAUUUUAUAUGAGAUCAUUAGAGCCAUCAAUAAAUAAGUCAUAACGUUGAUUUUGACGCAGUACGAAUUAUUAAUGUGAAACAAACACGGUAACAAAAGUGCAACCGCAAUAAAAGAAAAUGAAUGGACAACAGCAGGAUUUGAUUGGAUCUGAUUUCAAAAUGAGCCACACAAAGGUGAGGAGAAAUAUCCAUGCUGAGCUCUCGGCCAAUGAAAGAAGCUUUCGCCAAACGUACGCGUGCGUGCGUCUCUCCCACGACGGAAACGGACGAAUUGAAACCGACGCACAUCGCCCUCCACCAAUGGAUGAGGGCCGGCUCUCUGGCGCCAUCUCACGGUGUAGGGCUGUAAGUGCAAUAUAUGCAAUAUAUUUUUGGACACCCAAAAUAUAUUCAUAUCUGCACACAGACUUGGUAAGUGUUUUAAUGAAACAAGAAUUGGCAGUAGUAACGUAAAAAAAAAAUAAUAAUAAUCAUGUCAUAAUAGUGCCAUUCAAUACGCACAAUUCAUAAUAAAAUAUAUUUUAUGGGAUGUAUUUAGUAAAUAGAUGACGCAUUAAGUAUUAUCUGCAACAGGACUGAGGGCUGGAAAUUGUGAUGCGGUCUCUAGCGCCACCUAGUUUAGGGGUGUAAUUACACUCAAAACCUAUUUUCAAAACCUGUUUCACGCGCUCAUGCUUGGAAAAUACAUUUUGUAACUCUUAGCAAAACAAUUGCACAAUGUUAUCAAAUCCCCACUUCGAGCCUAAAAGAUGUGCAGGGGAAAUAGACCACUGCCGACGUAAGUUUCAUAUUCAAACUUUCAGCUACUCGGUGGUUCCCAACUGGUUUUGCCUCAGGAGCCAAAAUUGAACUUAGUCCUUAAGUCGCAAGCCACAUUUUGGACAUUCUUGAGCAACUCCGA